UCGCAAUUAAAUCCACAAUAUAGAGGCGUCUAGCGCAUGCGCAGUAUAAGCGCGUGCUUUUUAUUUAAAUAUCUUUUUGUAUUCUACCGUUGCUGGUAUUCCAAAAUGUUAGUUAAGAUUGGAAUGUUUUUUAAAAAUUUUGUAUUCAAAAAAAAGGUUCUUAUACAGUAUCUUCUAAUGACCUGAAGAAGACGAAAGUGUGUAUCGUCGAAAGCGCUCGUCAAUUUAGUGACAUACGUGUUUAAUUUAACACUUAUAUCGCAAAAGUUUUUUGUAAUAAAUGAUUAGCGUGCUGUCCAUCACUAUAUUAUAGAUAUUUUCCAAGAUGAAUUCUGGACAACGAAUAUCCUUUUUUGAUAUGCUAAAUUAUAAAAAGCAAUGGUACAAGGUACACACACAGCUAGUGUUCCUGCUCAAGUGCAGGAGGUAUGACGUAGCUCCAAAGUGUAUUUCUAUCAACUGGAAAGCCUUCCCAGCAUGUCUUCGUGGUGCCUUACGGAAUAUGGAAAAGUCGCUACUUUCGAAACUCAUAAAACUUAAACGUAAGUCUCUGGCGGAAGUAGAGCUCCAAUUAUAUCUCGCCCAUCUGAAGUUUACACAGACCUGUGAUCCAGCCUCUCUAUAUCUCCAAUUGAGAAAAUUGCAAAGUAUUGCAACUUCCUUUGCCGAGAAGGAGAUCAACAAAUCCAACAGGAAGUUAAAGUGGCUCCUAGGCUCAUCAGGAAGGCAACGCAAAUAUCCGAACUCAACCCCAUUCUACAAUUAUACAGGUGAGCAAGUUCCAAUCCAGAUCCUCAAAACUAUACAAAGAGGACCCAAGUUUAUUCCUCCACCAAGUGGUCCAAGCACAUCGGACAUGAUCCCGGCGGCUCUAGCGGCGUUGAAGAAUUGUCAAGCCUCAACCAAGUUCCCAAAUAUGGAACUCUCUGUUGUUUCAGCACUUACAUCACAACCGCAAUUCACGUGCACUAGAGGAAAUUAUGUCAACAGCCAUAAUGUAAGGUGCUACUUAGAAGCAAACAAUUUGCGGCUUCUAAUCUUGAAUAAAGAGAAGAAGUUUGUAUUAUGUAAAGAGAAAGAGAAAGAUUUUCUAAACAGGGCUACCGACUUUCUCAACCAUUCCUGUGCAGUACUCCUACAAGCUGAUCCAACUUCUACUGUCCUGAGAAAGGUUAGAAAAAUAAUAUCCCUUCCAACCAUUUCAGCUCUUCCCGGACGAGUUGAUCCCCCAACCAAUGUAGCUUGUCCCAGACUCUUUUUUGAGGUUAAAACACAUAAGGAGGGCUGGCCACUAAGACCAUUAGUUAAUAAAAGAACACACCCUGCCUUCCAUCUCGAAAUAGCCCUAGCCAAGUUAUUAAGUGGGCUCCUGCCUCCCUCCCAUUUGGUUACAUCUUCCUCAGUUGCAGCAAAGACCCACAUAUCCUCUGUACUGGACCACAUUCCACAAAUGCCGCAGUUCGAGGCGGUUAUGCUAGCUAAUGCGAUGCUAAUCAAGAAAGGCUUUACAGCGCAGGAGGGGCCAAAUAUAUCUACAGCAACAGGGAGUCCCGAUGGGUUCACCACUUUCAGCAGUUUUGGCGGAGUUGAUCAUGAGAAACAUAGAGUUCAAGAUGUUUAA